AUGACAUUGGAAGACGACUUGCUUGGAUAUGAUCACCGUCAAACUCAAUUCAAGAAGAACUUCAAGAAAGGUGACUACAUCGUAAAGUACAACCGUCUUGCCAAGGUUAUCCAAGUCUUUGACAAUCCACCAAGAGUAUACUUUAAAUAUGAGCACAACAACAGUAUUGGAUUCAUUGUACCAUCUUCACAAUAUAAUGCUGAUGGAUACUCUGUGUUGAAACAGAAAAAGGAGGAGAGGAGAAAGGCUCAUCAGGAGGCUGUACAGAAUGCAAUCAAGUAUAGAGCUUCCACCUCGAACAGUAGUGGCAACAGUGGCAACCACAACUGUUCGAAACAAAAGGGAAAGGAGGAGGUCGACACUUCAUAUCCAUCAUAUUGGAGCAAUCAGGAGGUGCGCGAUGUGGACAUGAACACACUGUACAGUCGUGCCAAACUGUUGGAGCGUAAAAGAUUAUCAAAGAAGGCUGCCGGCAGUCUGACUGAUGACACAUAUGGCGGUGAGGAGAGCUCUGGUCCACGCAGAACAAAAUACGAGGCUAUUGACUUUGGCGAAUACGACGCCAAGAUCAUCUCGCCACGUGAGUUUGAUCGUUUGGCCGAGAUCAACACAAACAACAAACUGCUACGCCAGUUGCAGCGCCAGGAGAAUGCAGAGAAGGAGCUUCGUCGACAGAUCAAGACCGCCAAACAUGGAUUCAUCAUUGAUGACAGCGACCUCAAGGACUCUUUGAGAUCAUAUCUCAAGGUUGAGGCACCUCGCAUCGAUAACGAUGACGAUGAAGAUAAUGGUGCCAGACAGUCAAAGAAAUCAAACGACAGCAGCCAGUCAUCAUCAUUAAGCUCAUCAAAUGCUAGUAACUCUGAUGUGGCCAUUGCCCUGCUUCAUUAUCAAUGCUACUUGGACCAGCUUCAAUUGGGCCCACAGCAAUCAGCACCAUCAGAGGUGUCUGAUUGCUACACUGACCUUUCAGAUGACUCAAGCAGCAGUGGAUACUAUGGCGGUGGCUAUCUCAAUGAUGACGACGACGAUGCUUACGAAGAGGAGGAGCGCGAGAGAACAUUCACCAAGGAGGAGGAGAACGAGUGGGAGGAGAUCAAGAUGGCCAACAACUUCUACGACUCUGAGGACUACCAAGAGGAGUACAACAGAAUGCUCAGUCUAUUCCAGAAUGGAUACAUUCCCAAGAAGGUGGCGGUAGUAUGCGCCACCCUUCGUUGA